AUGGGAUUCCUCCUAGGGGCAUUUCCACUUCGUUAUCCUCAUCCUCAUUCAAGUCAUAGUGUUUUGGGGGCCAUGGAACAAGCAAUUCGUCCCCGUGUGAACAAACUGGAACCUCGGUAUUCUCCAGAGCCGUGUGGUUGUAAUUGGUUGGCAAGAGCCGCUGGAGUCCAGCCAAGAUCUCUGCCAUUAACGUCCACUCCAGCCACAAGUGGCGGCCACUUAGUAGCGGUAUGCCUCUCGGAUAUUUUGAGAUGUGACUCCUUGCUCGGAUGCUACAGAUCGGAAGACUGCGACGUGACGAUGAGAUGGCUGUCGACAGUCUCCUCCCUGUGUCAGAGCGGUCGGCUCACGUCUCCCGUAGAAGUCAUCCUUUCAACCCUCGUGCUGAUCGAACAGUCGCUGAAACAAGAAUAA